ACAUUUAAUUCAUUGUCUUUCAGGCCUUGUGGAGAUUAACAGAGAAUGUUCAUCCGACAAAUCCAUUCCAGCCCCCUAUUCCAAGACGUGAUGCUAGAAAAUUCAUAAAAACUAAUUCUUCAUCCACAAUUUCCACACAUGACAUGGGAAUCAGUGAGGAAGAGUGGGAAAGACUGCAGAAGGCCCUGGAAUGGCCCAGUCCAGAUCAAGAAAUCACUGAGCUGAGUGAGAGCACAAGUCCAGUCCACUCAAAGUUCUCUAUUGUGGGACUCAAUCAGAAUUACAGCGUGGGAGAAAAGAUCCUGGUUACUAUCACUGCCAGAGACCACAAGAAUAAACUAAAAAGAUACGGAGGAGAUUUUUUCCAAGUUAAGCUGUUUAAUUCAGAGCUGAAGGCGAGUGUGUAUGGAGAGGUUGUGGAUCAUCGUAACGGGACUUACUCUGCUUCUCUUCUUCUGCCCUGGGAAGGUCAGGCACAAGUCUCUGUUCGUCUGGAGCACUCCAGUGAGGUUGUGCAGAUUCUGAAAAAAUACAGGGAGUCGUCAUUCACACGCAGCCACUAUAACGGACACUUUGAAGGACCAGGACCCAAAAAAAACAGGAUCAGUGAAGAUGUACCGUGUAACCUUAAGUGGGGUGCAGAUGGGAACUGGAUUAAAGGCAACUGCUGCUGCGAGUAUAAGGAUGUUAAAACGGGGACGGUGUGGCACUGUGAGAGACCUAAGAAACUUUCUUGUGACAAACUGGUUUAUCACUCAAGAGGAGAUCUGGAAAACCCAUUAAAUGCUUUUGAGAAGCAAAUUUUCUCAAAAAAAUUAACAAAUGUUUUAAUUAAUGGAGACACACAAUUAAUUAACGUCCUUCCCAAAACAAACAACGGCAAACCGGAGAGAUGCAGACCUGGUCUGACAACACCAGUUCCUGCAGGUUUCUAUCUGAAUGAUGUGUGGAAGUCUUUUGUAUGCAAAACCCAACAGUUCAAUUCUGCACAAACUGGAAAUUGCCUUAAAAACAAGAUUGUCUAUUUGAUGGGAGACUCCACCACAAGACAGUGGUUCGAGAACUUAGAGAGAAAGGUGCCAGGCAAGUUAUACAGUGAUAUAAAUGACAGCCCUUAA